AUGGGGAAGAAACCCCGGCAGGCGGGCAAGGGCAAGGGCAAAGCCGCGGCGCACGAUUCUGAGCAGAGCGACGAGGAUGAUGAGGGAUUUAAGGGAAUGUCUGGAGGCAGCGAGGAUGAGGGUGAAGGGUACGAGUGCUUCUUGUCCAUUGCAUGCUCCGGCGAGGGGGCAAUAGACGAAGGCGAAGAUGGCGAAGAAGACGCGGAUUCAGAAGGCAUCGACGACAACGCGUCUUUUGCAGACAUUGAUGACCUUGACGAGGAGGGAGCGGGGCAUCUGAUGGAGCUCUCAAAACUUGCGGAGAAGGACCCUGAGUUCUACAAGUACCUCCAGGAGAAUGAUCAGGAACUGUUAAAUUUCAAUCCGAACGACGGUCCUGCGCAAGAUGAGGACGAGGCAGAGUACGAAUAUGCCAUGGAGGAAGACACAACGCCCGUCCUCACGAAGGAGAUCCUGCAGCGGUGGCAGAAAGCACUACUUGAUCAUCGUUCUCUCAAGGCACUUCGGAAAUUGCUGAUCGCCUUCCAGGACCAGGUUCUCGCGUGGAGAAUUGACCGCUCUUCAGUAUACAACAAGCUGAUUACGACCGCCUUGCGAUACACGCCUAUUGUGCUUGAACACCAUUCCUCCACCCAAACUACGAAGUGGAAAACACUGCAGAAGCUGAUCACUUCUUACUUCCUGAACGUUCUACAUUUCGUUGGACAAGUCUCCGACAAUGAUAUGCUUCCUGUGCCAUACAUUACGGGGACGCGUAAGACGAUCAAGCUAUACCUCAAAACGUGUUUGGAUUACUGGGCCACCGCGGAGGACACUGUUCGGAUAUCUGCUUUCCUCUCUGUUCGGAGGUUGGCGGCGGCCACGGACGAAUCGGUCAUGGACACUGUUUUGAAGAACACGUACAUGACGCUACUCCGUUCAUGUAAAUCGACGAGCGCGCACACACUCCCGUCCAUCAAUCUGAUGAAAAACUCGGCGAGCGAACUCUUCUGUGUCGAUCAUACCACGGCCUACCAGCAUGCCUUCGGGUAUAUCCGACAGCUUGCUAUUCACCUCCGAAAUAGCAUGAAAACGAAGACGAAGGAGGCGUACAAGUUGGUGUACAAUUGGCAGUACGCACACUGUGUGGACUUCUGGUCAAUUGUGAUCGCGCGUGCGUGCGACAAGCAAACCAUUAUCGACCGUGGAGGUCAAGAAAGUGAACUUCGGGCGUUGAUCUACCCCCUUGUUCAAACUCAUCCGCAACGCUCGCUCGUUCCCUUCCACUUGCAAGUCGUGCGUUCGAUGCUGCAUCUCACUCGGCAUACGAACGUCUACGUCCCGCUUGCACCCUACCUCCUUCCCGUCCUUACCUUUACUCUCUCUGCCACCUCAAAACCGAAGUCUUCCACCCUUCGCCUCUCGACUUCGAGACCAACAUCCGCGCCCCUCAACAUACCUCGCCUCGCCCCUGUGCACGGCUCUAUCGGCUUCCCCGAGGUGACCGUCCCGAUCGUCCUGCUGCUCCGGAAGGUCGUCAAAGGCGCCAAGGCCGCCCCCAAGGGGGGCAAGGGCAAGGAGGCCGCCCUCGCGAAGACCCUCGUCGAACGUAUCGAGGAGAGCGCGCGCUGGGCGGAGCAGAAGCGUAAGGGCGUUGCGUUCGCCCCGGGGCGCAUGGUCGAGGUCGAGCGCUGGGAGGCAGACGUCGCCGCAAAGCCGGAGGACACGCCGCUGGGGCGGUACGUGCGCGUGCAGCGCAAGGCCCGGGAGAAGCGGCGUACGCUCGUCGAGAAGGCUCGUGAGGGCGACCAUGAGAUCCUGGAGGACUGA